AUGGCUAGCGAGUACGACGAUGGACACUACACCACGACAAUGGAAAACACUGACAGCGACAAUGAAGACGUGUACUAUAAGUUAGGAAGUCUUGGAAGUAUUUCCAACACUGAGCCAUACGAGUAUGACGACGAAGCGAGUGUGUUUCAAAGUGACGACGAUCGGAGCGAAACGGAAUACAGAAGUGACAAAUACGACCCACCCGCAGGCGACGAAAAAGGAGGAUUCAAUCAUGACCCAGAAGCGCAUAUCACUAUCAGUUGCGGUAACUGCAUGCUUAAGACUUUCCCUUUGUUAGCCGCGGGGGAGGCAGCCAGUAUACGCAUCGAAAGGAUGGCUACUAUAGCGGCCGAGGAAGGCCAGUUAAUCUUAGAAAUAAUGAACCACCCCCGAAAAACAUUAAGAAAAUUUCUGAAGAAAAACGAAGAAGAGGGAAGAGCAACAGGGAGGAGCGUAGGAAGUAUGUUAGACACGAAAUUCCCAAACGGAAGAACCCUGCUCCAUGAAAGUGUAAACAAAAAAAGAUACGACGUCACGGAUUUACUAUUAACGUUCGGCGCCAACAUCAACAUCGUGGAAAAUGGCGAAACAAUAGCUCACCGAGCCGCAGCGGACAACAAUGAACACCUACUCAGAACUCUAGCGUACCACAAGUGUCAGUUUAGCGAAUGGAACUGUCUAGGGGAAACUCCCCUAAUGGUGGCUAUUGCAUUAAGAAACGAAGAAUGUAUCGAUUUCCUGUGGGUAACUCCACUGAUAAAACAAUUGAGUCGCGAUGGAGAAACCGUUCUGCACUACGCGGCAAGAUUCAAUAACAAGAAAGAGUACGUCAACAGUGCAUACCUGCAUGGAGUAAACAUGAACCAAAAGUCCUUGACGCGCCGCGAAACGGCCCUUAUUGUAGCCGUACGAUACGGAAACCCUAAAAUCGUGGAAGUACUGUUAAGAAACGAGGCCAGAUACGACGAACCAGACGGCCUAGGAAAUGACGCCAUGGAUUACAUCGGCGAGAACGAAGAAAUAGCGAAAGUAUUCCUUAACAGAAACAUAACCCCGAAAAAAAAAGGCCAGAAAACGCUGAUAAUACACUACGACCGAGAAAGGAGAUGCAAGAAGAGGAGAGGAUCAGCAUCGGAAGAAGAUUAA